GUGGGACCAGCUCCAGCCUAUAGAGACCCAAUAACUACUGAAAUAUAAUGGUCAAUGUAAAUAAAUGGCAAAAAAAAAAGGUAACAAUUUAUGGCCCUAUGCCUAUUUUUUUUUUUUUUAAACUGUCAUUUCGCAGCAGUAAGCCCCGCGGGGUUUGUGAGGGCUUCAGAGAGAGUCUGCAGCAUCCAUUACGUGCGAGCGGCUCUGCGGCCGCACACAAGAUGUCGGAGAGAAGAAGAAGAAGACGAAAGAGGAGGAGCGAGCGGGUGCACUCGCGGCGUCACGUGGCAGCCGCCAGCCAAUCGGAAUCGAGGGCACGGGCUUCUGUUAGGGACAGGGAAGCCUUUUCGACAGUGCCGUAAAGUGACGCAGCGUGGGGGCUCCCUCUCGCUGUACGGCUGCUGUCGUUGA